AUGCUCUUACUUUAUGUGUUUGUUUUCGAGUUUCUUUAUUAUGUUUUCCUUUCUUAUAUCAUCAUUGUUUUUUAUUCUUCUGUCUUACUUUAUUAUCUCUCUUCUCUAUUAUUUUUCAAGGUAUAUCUCUUAACUUCUCGUUCUGCACUUCCUCCCUUCUUGACAUUGGAAGUUGCAGAGAAAUGCGAAGGAAAGUCUCAUAUACUUAUUUUGUUGCUUAAAGUAAUAUAUAAAAUAUCUCUCCCCAUUUCUCUCUCUCUCUCUCUCUCUCUCUUUCAUACUUUUUCUUUCACUCUCAUUCCUUUCUUUGCGUCACUUAUACUUUUUAUUAUUACGUGUUUCACUCUCAGUUUCUCAGUUUAUUUUCUGUUAUUCUCUUUAUAUCUUCAGCAUCAUUUCCCCUCUACUUCUGUUAUUUUCUGUAGUUAUUUCUAUUUUAUCCUCUGCUCAUUUCUCUCUCUUACGUCUUAUCUAACUUGUUCUGUGUUAUUUCUAUACCUCAUUCUCCGCAUCUUCAUCAACCCUUCAUUCUUUCAGACCUGUCUCCCUGCUUUGUGGGAGUGCCUCUCUCCAUCACUGCCCAAGGGGCAUGGAAAAUCCUCUGCCUUCCCUGAAAUUUCAACUGGGUCCCCUCCUCCUUUGUCACCUGACCAAACUCAUCCCCCAAGGACUAGGCAUGGUCUAGUCCAAAAUAAAAUAAUUCUUCCAAUCACCAUCCCUUUGUUCAAGCAACGAAAGAAAAAAAAUUACUGCCUUUUUCUUUUCUUCUAA